UAAUCCCAUAACUCCCCGCAUUCCACCUGGCACGAUGCUCAAGAAGAAGGAGAAGCUCGAGCAGAUGCGCGAGCUCGGGCGCGGAGGUUUGUCCAAGGGGUUGAGCUUCCUCCGCACCGCAGCCGCUAAUGCUUCGCUUGAGAAUGGCGAGGCCUCUUCCGCUUCUCCUCCCCCCACUGCUGAGGGAGGGGGUCCUAAUACCAAUCGGAUGACGUACGAGGAGCUUCUGGCACUCAGUAUGAAGCUCACGCGACAGAACAAGCUCAUGAAGGCUCAGUAUCAGAAGAAUCAGAGUAAACUAGCAGCUGCGGCCACAAGCGACGCCGAUAUACAGGCCUUACGGAGCUUCCUGGAGCACGAACUGGGAUUGGAUGUGGCUGCAUGCGUCAAGACGGAGGAAAAUAGUGCCCCCGGAGGGUCUAUUGACAUUGAAGCACUAAAGGAGAAGUACCGUAUAUUGUCAGAACUGAAGCAGAAAGAGGAGAGCAAGCCUGCGCCCGUGGAGAGCGUCAACUUGCUGGAUCUGUCCCCUACUGCGACCGAGAAGACGCCUGGGAAGUACGAGGAGAUAGAUCUAUUGGGAGGAGAGCAUAAAAGCGUUCCCUUUGAGGACGCACAGGUGGACGAGGCCAUGCAGCAAGUAGAAAGGAUGAGAGAGCAGCUGAGACAGGGUGCUCUACAGACCCAGGAGCUCGAGAAGAAGCUUCUGGAGAGAGAUGAACAGUAUCAAGAAGCCAGGAGAGUGCUAGAAGAAGAGAAGAAAACGUUGGAGAGUAAACUGGAGGAGAUGAAGAAGGAGAAGAUGACAAGUAGAGAUGAAGAACAGGAGGAACUGCAGAGACUGAUGGAGCUGAAGGGAGAACUGGAGAAGAAGAUCAGGGAAAUGUCGGGGCAGUUGGAUGAGAGAGAAAAUGAGCAGAAACAGGCAGCAGAGUCUAUUGCUAAGAUGGAGCAGGAGAAGAAGGAACUGGUUGGGCGCCUGCAACAAGCUGAAGCUGCUGCGUCGGAGAGGGAGAACGAAGAUAAGGAGAAGAUGGAGGCGGCUCUUGAAGCUCAACGAGUUGAAUUGGAAGCAGCGAAGGCGGACAGCGCACGUCUCCAGGAGCAACUCCAAGCGUUGCAAGCUGCUCCUGCUCCGAGUGGUGCUUCUGAUGACGAAGUGAAGGAAGAGAUAGAGGCUGCGUUAGAAGCGCUGCAAGUAGAGCUGGAGCAGGCGAAGGCUGACAAUGCGCGUCUGCAAGAGCAAGUCCAAACGUUUCAGGAAGCUUCUUCUGAGACUGAAGUGAAGGAGAAAGUGGUUGCAAUGGAAGCUCAGCUAGCAGAACUAGAGGCAGCAAAGGCCGAGAAUGUGCGUCUCCAGAAGCAAAUCGAGACGCUGCAGCAGGAAACUCCUUCCCGAUCGGAGACUUCUGAAGACGCGGUGAAGGAGAAGGUGGCAGCAGCACUGGAGGCUCAAAGCUCAGAGCUAGAGGCCGCAAAAACUGAAAACUCACGUCUUCAGGAUGAAAUCGAGGCAUUGAAACAGGCAGUAGCUUCUGCUUCUUCUGAAUCUCAGACAGAAGCUGCUGAUGAAGUGGUGGGUUCUCUGCGUGCCGAGGUCGACCGCUUGCAAAGUCUGCUAGCUACCAAGAACAGCGAUAGUGAAGCAGUUCAACAAGAACUCGCGUCGCUGAAGGAACAAGUACAAAAGGCACAGAUGGUGACAUCGACGGAGAAUGAAGCAAAUGCAGCGUUGAUGCAAGAGCUGGAUCGCGUGAAGCUCGAAUCAGCAGAGCAUGUGCACGAGAUACAGUCGCUACAGAAGAAACUUCACGCAGCUGAGGACCGGUUAUCCAAGACGAAGGGUGAGAGCGAAGCCACGCAGUCGCUGGUGGAAGCGCUUAAGGAAGACACAAGCCGUCUGGCCGACCAGGUUGCUCAGUUUGAGCUAAAGCAAACCGCUUCAGAGAAAGAAAUUACUGCUCUAAGUGAAGCCAAGCGUGAGCUUGAAGAGCAGCAAGAACAAGCACGUGAAGCCAAGGCGUCAAUGGAGAAACAGCUGGUAGAGGAACGUGCGUACUGGACAUCCAAGCUCGAGAAUCUCAUCACAGACAGUGACGCAGCGAAUACCAAGACAGAGGCGCUGGAAGCGGAACUACGCGAGAAGGAGAAGCAAGUUACAAAGAUGUCUGCCUCUCAGAAAUCCAUGACCUCCGAACUCAUGGAGUUGCAGAAGCAGGUGAGCAGUAUGCGUGAAGAUCUGGCAAUGGCUGCUGAAGGUCUUGAAGCGCACGCCACGAAAGCUGAAGAGAACGAGCGUCGAUACAUCCAGAGCGAGAAACAGGCCACUGAAUUGAAGAAACAACUGGACGAAAUGCGCGAAAAACAUCACGAGAACUUCGAGAUGUUGCGUAAAGAAAAAGAAAGUGAGCUGGAGCGUGUGCACGCUGAGCGACGUACACUAAUCACCGAGAAGAAAGAACUGUCUCGUGAGAAAGAUGAACGGCAAGCUCGCUGCAAGACGCUGGAACGGGAGCUAGAUACUCUACGCAAGCACCAAGAGCAGCUGGAGACGUCUUUGAGCGAUAAAACGCUGCAAGUGGACAACUUGAGUGUGGAUCUAGCGGAGACGAAGAAGUCGCUAUCGGAUCGCAUGGCACUGGCCACGCGACUGCAGACAGAGAACAUGAGUAUGGCUGGUAAGCUGGCUGAGCAGGUGGCGCUUAUUGAAGGUGCUCUGCGUGACGCUGCGAAUAGUAAGGCUGCGCAACAGGAGAUGGAGACACAAGUCCAAGCUGCUAAGGCCGACGUCCAGUGCAUGAAACAGAGCGAAAACCAAGCUAAACAGGAGCUUGAAGACGUCCAGCGCGAGAUGCUGAAGCAAGAAGAGAAGUUCCAGUAUGAACGUGGAGAAGCGAAGCUGGCACUAGAGGCUGCUGUGGAGAACGAGAAACAGACCUUUAAACGCGAACUCGAUCGUCUCGAAACCGAAAGCAAACACAAGUCGAAGCUGGCAUUGCAGGCGGUGCUGGAAAAGGAGAAGGAUAUUGCUCGCUUGAGUGCGCGUCUACAUGAGUUGGAGGAGGAUGUUCGCUCCGGUGGCGCAGACAACCGUAAGAUCCUUGAAUUCGCCCAGUUACAAGCGAAGAGAGAGGUGGAGCAGCGAGAACAGGCAGCACAGAUGCAGACGUUGUCCCAGCAACUCGAAGAAGCGCAGCGCGAGAUCCAGGAGCUGCGAGAAGACAAGCGUCGUCAUGCUGAGGAGCUGACGGCGAUGCUGCAGAACCAGCGACGUGAUGGCGUCAACAUGGAGUACUUGAAGAAUGUGGUGGUGCAGUACAUGUCGUUCCGUCCUGGUUCUUCGCAGCAGACGCGAUUGGUGCCAGUUCUCUCGACGUUGCUGCAAUUCACGGCUGCUGACAUCAAGGAGAUCAAACAUGCAGCUCGUCGCGGCAAUAGCUGGACAUCCUGGGGCAGUAGUGACUCUGGUCUCGACUACAAGCCCAUCGUUGUUGGUGCUAACCACCGGCACCCGGUUCCAUCUUCGUCAUCGUCCACAUCACAAGACAACGGCGGACGAAGAUCUCCUUUAGGCAGAACGGGGUCAGCACCUGUAGCUCGAGUUUCUCCACGGUCAGAGUCCCAUCUAGAGUCUCGAGCGUCCAGCUUCUACUUGCCGAGCGGCGGACACGACGGACCAGCGGAUCCAUCAGCAGAGAGCGCUGACUUCUAAGCGACUAAGUAGAAAGAAACGAGUCAUAGAGGUCUGCACCUGCUGGACCAAGUUAAGAGUCGAAAGGGAAGCGUGUAAAUGAAUUGUGGCUGACACAGAUACAUGAAGAUUUACUCGCUUGCUUCACAUCCCCAUCAUGCUCUUGCGGUUCAUGAUCAGCUCCGACGUACGCCUAUAAAGAAGCAACAUUAAAUAAAACAAGGACCACAUGAAAGCAAGUACACAAGUCGAACGUACUUUCUUGCCGCGUCCUGGCGAGUCAUUCUUCGCGUGCGUUCGCCUCCAGACGCAGAUGCGGCAGAGCCCGAGUUGGCAGCAGCGAUGGCUGCAGACAGCGGUGCCGUGGCGAGGAAGCUCUGGUGACGAGACAGCGACGCAAUGCGGUUCACACUGCCCCAGUAGCCCGUCGCAGCGUUCUUCUUGAGCUCGAGCUUGCCAUUACUGCUACACAGCAGACGCAUCCAUUCCAAGCAGUGAUCUAAUACAAAACACUACAGUUAGUUAGACUGCUAACAAACUGUUAACGGUGAUAUACGUACCAAUGGAGUCGCAUUUGAUGAUCAUGCGGUCAGGAACUGUUUGAAUCGCAUCGCUCGAGCCACUGGACUGUGGUCGAAGAGUAAUGACACAAGCGGACUUGCAGUUGCCGGUCUCGACUUCUUCCUUUUCAUUGCAAGCACGAACCUCCACGAUGUCCUUGGUGGCAAAUGAGCCCAAGAUAUCGGGCUCCUCGUCGUAAAGAUGCAGCGCCAGCGACAUCAUGAGCACGCGCGAACUGGUUAGCACGAAAUACUUGGGGAUCCAGUUGCGGCCGUCCCAGUCCUGCAGAUUCGACGAGUAAAUGACGGCGGAUUCGAUCUGCAGACGCAGCAAUUCUUCAUUGUCCUUGUGCGUGGAGAACGUGCUGCCACGACUGAUGAACACGCCAGUACCGAACGUGUCCUCCUUGUUCUUACCAGACUCCAACUGUCCAUAAGCACGCUUUACAUCAAGUAGAGAAUUACGCCACAUGACAGCUUCUUGAUCCGUGCGAGGGAUGAUAAUUACGCUGGUUUCCGAUCCAAGGAUCAGCUCGACAGCGUUUUCUGGCGAGUUAAUGUACGCGAAACGCACGUCCACAAGCGCACGGCAGUCAAUCACACCGUAGCGAAUAGCAGUCGCCUCAUCAGCCAGCACUUCGUGCUUGUAGAUGGACAAUUCGUAGCCCCACUGCAUAAAGUAACGCAGCCGGAUCCGCUCUUCCUUGGAUGUACGGUAGUAAAGCCAUCCACUCGAACUGAACUCACUGGCGGACACUGCGGCAUCAGGAACAGGUCGCUUUGACGGCAUCAUGGGUCCAAUGGGCAGUCCAGAAGUCUUGAAGAAUCCGUCGUCGCUGUGAUCAAACGUCGAGGUCUUGAGCAGCUCCUUCGGCAGCACCUGGAUGUCACCGAGAGGCGACAGCGUUGCAUUGCCCUUUAACGACAUUGAGUUCGUGCAGCAGUCGUAAAUAGCGUUGGCCCAUUCCUUGAGCUGGUCUUCCGUAUCGAAAGCCAAGAGGAAAGCGUAGAAAUCUCCGAUCUGGUCUGUACGUGAGCUCUCUUCAGCGGCUGUGGGGACUGCGAAACUCACUUCCAAUUGAUAGAAAUCUGCCUCGUCCUUACUGCGUGUCCACACUUUAGACAUCUGAAGGUGGAAGAUGCACGGCAACGAGAUCAUACCGAGCAUACGACCUCCUUGUUCUGUGUAGAAGAUGAGCUGGUGGUUGCGUAGAGAGAAGUAUCGACGACGGAACACCUGGUACAACCGGUCUAACUUCCAGAUCCACGCCUCUUUGGGCUUCGUACUGGCCCAGUAGUCAGCGUGCGGGGCCUUCUUAAGCACCAGGUCGCCACAACAGCACAUGACGAGCAUCCAACGCUUGGCCAGCUUCGCGCUCUCAGCGACCAAUCGCACCUCCUUCUCACCUUUCACUUUAACCACAAAGCUGCCCAAAUCCAACCCGUCCGAAUGCACUUCCUCGAUCUCUUUCAGGGAUAUAGCGUCGAUUGCAUCACCCCAUUCACUCUCAUAAUCGCUCUGUGAAUCGUAGUACCGGAACACGCCACUGGAGAUCGCAGCAAACACUCUUCUGCCAGCGAUCUGGAUUUCUCCGCCAAUUCCCGUGAAAUCGUCAGUCAGCAUAGCACCAAGACCUGUGGUAGACAGUCUCUCCUUGGCAAUACCCGCCGCUGCAAGACGGUCUGCUUCCUUCGGAUCCACAUCUAGGCUGGUAAUGCUGUUCGAUCCUUCGGACUCAGGGAUAGACGUCAUAAUACCUGCAGUGUUCAGUGCAAUUCGCUUUACGUCAUUGAUGGCAGUCGUGAUGUCGUCGCUGCUGUCACCUGGUCGGUAGAAGUAGUCUGAUAGCCAGAUUAAUGCUGACAGCCACGCUUCCUUCUGAGCAUAGCUCUCCGCCACCAACUAAUACGAACAAACA